UAAAGUGAGCUUAGCACCGGGAUGACAAUAGUUCUUGAUCUCGCGAUCUGUGUCUUCCUUUUACUUGGUACUAUCGUACCCAGCAAGUGUGAGAUGCGGGAUCCAUAUAUAGACCAUCUGUUUCAACUGCGAACUGGAACGGAUGAACAGUCGCUGUCCCAUAUUCAGAACAUUGGAAAUGGAGGUCCACAUUUGGAAAGCUCUGCACAGUCGCAAUCGCAGUUGCAGAACAUUGAAACUGGCAAUCCACAUCUAGAAAGCUCUGCACAGUCACAAUUGCAGAACAUUGGAACUGACGGUUCACAUCUGAAAGGUUCUGCACAGUCGCAAUCGCAUUUGCAGAGCAUUGGAAGUGGCGGUGCACAUCUGGAAAGCUUAACAAGGAAGUUGCAAUCGCAGUCACAUAUUGGAUUUCUAACUAAUCUCCGGGAACCAAAUAUUCGACCUCUGGUCUUACAACCAAAGCCUCAACAGGAAAUAACACAAGAGGAAGUACAAGCAAGUCCACAGGACUUAAAUCCUCAAUUCAACAUAAUUGAUUCUGAGACAAACAAAAAUCCUUCCAUCGACAUUACCAACCAAUUAAUUAAUUCGAUUCAGUUGCAGUUACAGUCACAGAUCAAUUCACUAAAACAGUCCCUUAUACAGCAACCCGUCAUUGAUCAAAUAACUCCAACGGAUUCAAGCCCUUUAAUUGAUAGAGGUGGUUUACCAUCACAGCGAACUAAGUAUGUGAUUGUUCCCUCCACAUUCGAGAUAAGAAGGCUGAAUUCAGCUCCCCAAUACUUGGUAAUUCCUCGUUGGCUAAGAAGAAGACGCCAAAGAGCGUUAGUGAUUUUUCCCAGACCAGGCGGAUUACAGCCAGCCAAUGUAAAAACUUCACCUCAGUUAAAUUUAAAUCGUCAGCAAUCAAAUUCUGAACAGUUGUUUCUUGAUGGUUCACUAAUACCACAAUCCAAGUAUUAUAUUUUAGCUCCUUUCGAACCGAAAAAAUAUAAUUCUAGCGUUGAUAUAAUUGAUAAAAAUGAUUUAAAGGCUGCAUACUUGACUUACUAUCAAAAACAGACUGCCAAUAGAAUUGCUGAAUUGGAAAGAAAGUUACAGGAACUAAAGACCAAAAACCUUUUAAGCCCUAUAAUUUCGGCGCCGGAUACCCAGCCUCAGCCGACUCAGGGCAACGAACAGUCGUCAAAUUUACUGUCUAAACUAAAUUCCCAGUUACAGUUCCAACUACAGUCUCACUUACGGUCCCAGUUAAAGCCUUUAAGAUCUUUGCCCCAGAGACAGUCCCAAUCGCAGUCAUCAAGAUCACUUUCCCAAACACAGUCCCAGUUGAAUUCACUGUACCAAAUAAAGCCACAGCAAAACUCACUUUCAUCACUAUCACUGUCCCAGAGACAGUCACAGUUACAGUCCUUAUCGCUGUGGCCAGGAUCACUUUCCCAAGCACAGUCCCAGUUGUCCCAAAUACAGUCACAGUUAAACUCACAUACAUCAGGAUCACUGUCCCAGAGACAGUCGCAGUUACAGUCCCUAUCGCUGUCCCCAGGAUCACUUUCCCAAACACAGUCCCAGUUGAAUUCACAUUCUUCUGGACUACUGUCCCAAAUACAGUCACAGUUAAACUCACAUACAUCAGGAUCACUGUCCCAGAGACAGUCGCAGUUACAGUCCCUAUCGCUGUCCCCAGGAUCACUUUCCCAAACACAGUCCCAGUUGAAUUCACAUUCUUCUGGACUACUGUCCCAAAUACAGUCACAGUUAAACUCACAUCCAUCAGGAUCACUGUCCCAGCGACAGUCGCAGUUACAGUCCCUAUCGCUGUCACCAGGAUCACUUUCCCAAGCACAGUCCCAGUUGAAUUCACAGUCUUCUGGGUCACUGUCCGAAACACAGUCACAGUUAAACUCACAUACAUCAGGAUCCCUGUCCCUGAAACAGUCGCAGUUACAGUCCCUAUCGCUGUCCCCAGGAUCACUAUCCCAAGCACAGUCCCAGUUGAAUUCACAGUCUUCUGGGUCACUGUCCGAAACACAGUCACAGUUAAACUCACAUACAUCAGGAUCACUGUCCCUGAGACAGUCGCAGUUACAGUCCCUAUCGCUGUCACCAGGAUCACUUUCCCAAACACAGUCUCAGUUGAAUUCACAGUCUUCUGGGCCACUGUCCCAAAUAAAGUCACAGUUAAACUCCCAUCCAUCAGGAUCACUGUCCCAGAGACAGACGCAGUCACAGUCUCUAUCGCUGUCACCAGGAUCACUUUCCCAAGCACAGUCCCAGUUGAAUUCACAUUCUUCUAGACUACUGUCCCAAAUACAGUCACAGUUAAGCUCACAUUUAUUAAGAUCACUGUCCCAGAAACAGUCACAGUUACAGUCCCUAACGCUGUCGCCAGGAUCACUUUCCCAAAGGCAGUCCCAAGUGAACUCACAGUCUUCUGGACCACUGUCCCAAACACAGUACCAGCUAAACUCAGAUUCAUCAGGAUCACUGUCCCAGAGACAGUCCCAGUUGAAUUCACAUUCUUCUGGACUACUGUCCCAACUACAGUCACAGUUAAACUCACAUUUAUCAGGAUCACUGUCCCAAAGACAGUCGCAGUUACAGUCCCUGUCGCUGUCACCAGGAUCACUAUCCGAAACACAGUCCCAGUUGAAUUCACAGUCUUCUGGACCACUGUCCCAAAUAAAGUCACAGUUAAACUCACAUCCAUCAGGAUCACUGUCCCAGAGACAAUCGCAGUUACAGUCCCUAUCGCUGUCACCAAGAUCACAUUCCCAAACACAGUCCCAGUUGAAUUCACAGUCUUCUGGGCCACUGUCCCAAAUAAAGUCACCGUUAAACACACAUCCAUCAGGAUCACUGUCCCAGAGACAGACGCAGUCACAGUCUCUAUCGCUGUCACCAGGAUCACUUUCCCAAGCACAGUACCAGUUGAAUUCACAUUCUUCUAGACUUCUGUCCCAAAUACAGUCACAGUUAAGCUCAGAUUUAUUAAGAUCACUGUCCCAGAAACAGUCACAGUUACAGUCCCUAUCGCUGUCGCCAGGAUCAAUUUCCCAAAGACAGUCCCAAGUGAACUCACAGUCUUCUGGACCACUGUCCCAAACUCAGUCACAGCUAAACUCAGAUUCAUCAGGAUCACUGUCCCAGAGACAGUCCCAGUUGAAUUCACAUUCGUCUGGACUACUGUCCCAACUACAGUCACAGUUAAACUCACAUUUAUCAGGAUCACUGUCCCAGAGACAGUCGCAGUUACAGUCCCUAUCGCUGUUACCAGGAUCACUAUCCCAAACACAGUCCCAGUUGAAUUCACAGUCUUUUGGACCACUGUCCCAAAUACAGUCACAGUUAAACUCACAGAUAAACUCAGGAUCACUGUCCCAGAGACAGUCGCAGUUACAGUCCCUAUCGCUGUCACCAGGAUCACUUUCCCAAACACAGUCCCAGUUGAAUUCACAUUCUUCUGGACUACUGUCCCAAAUACAGUCACAGCUAAACUCACAUCCAUCAGGAUCACUGUCCCAGAGACAGUCGCAGUUACAGUCCCUAUCGCUGUCACCAGGAUCACAUUCCCAAACAGAGUCUCAGUUGAAUUCACAUUCGUCUUCUCAGUUAUCAGACUCACUGUCCCAAAUACAGUCACAGUUACAGUCCCAAUCGCAAUCACAUUUAAGAGAACAGAACCCUGCAGUUUCAUUCAUUCCAUAUGGCUCCCUGCUACCGCGACGUUCCCCUUUACCAGUCUCUUCGCCUGAACCAAAAGCAGUUUUGCAAACAGAUCUUUUUAAAAAUGCUAAAAUCAGCGUGAUUACUUCUGAGUACAAAAUAUACAGCCCACCCAAAUACCACUCCCAGACGGACAUCUUGGAUGACUCCAAGCUGACAACGGUGCACCUGAUUGAAAAGUACGGCUAUCCAUCGGAAACCCACUUUGUGAACUCUGACGAUGGCUACAAGCUCUGUGUGCAUCGUAUUCCCCGUCCUGGAGCCAAGCCUGUCCUACUGGUUCACGGUCUGAUGUCCAGUUCCGCCUCGUGGGUGGAAUUGGGACCCAAGAACGGACUGGCUUACAUCCUGUACCGAAAGGGUUACGACGUCUGGAUGCUGAAUACCAGAGGCAACAAAUACUCUAGGGAGCAAACUGGUCCUCGCAAGAAACCGCGGAAGUACUGGAACUUCUCCUUCCAUGAAAUCGGCAAAUAUGAUGUACCAGCUACAAUUGAUCUUAUCCUCAAGCGCACCAACGAGCCGAAGCUCCAAUACAUUGGGCACUCACAGGGCUCCACCGUAUUCUUUGUGAUGUGCAGUGAAAAUCCGAAGUAUGCCAAUAAGGUGCAGCUCAUGCAGGCCCUUUCCCCAACGGUUUACCUGCAGGAGAACCGUAGUCCAGUGCUUAAGUUCAUUAGCAUGUUCAAAGGAAAGUAUUCGAUGCUGUUGAACCUUUUGGGGGGCUAUGAGAUCUCGGCGAAAACGAAGCUCAUAGAGCAGUUCCGCCAGCACAUUUGCUCCACCUCUGAACUAGCCAGUCAAAUCUGCGCCAUCUUCGACUUUGUGCUCUGCGGAUUCGACUGGAAGAGCUUUAAUAAGACGCUAACCCCCAUUGUGGCGGCCCACGCCUCCCAAGGAGCCUCUGCCAAGCAGAUCUACCACUACGCACAGCUGCAGGGUGACCAGAACUUCCAGCAUUUCGAUCACGGACCGGUCCUGAAUCGGGUUCGUUACGAGUCCAGCGCUCCACCAGUCUACAAUCUCUCGCAGACGACCACCAAGGUGGUGAUCCACCAUGGCGGAGGAGACUGGCUGGGAUCCGACUCGGAUGUGAGCCGGCUGCAGCAGAGCCUGCCCAAUCUCGUCGAGAGCCGGAAGGUGAACUACGAUGGCUUCUCCCACUUUGACUUUACGCUCUCGAAGGAUGUCCGGCCGCUGGUCUACAGCCACGUCAUUCGCCACUUGUCAGUUCAGCUACCAGGAUAGGCAAGAUGCGGGAAUUACUCUCAGCAAACGGUUAAGAAAUGUAGAGUUUUAGUAAAGCAAAAUUGUUAACGUUUUCAGGGACUUUUCAUAAAUGUUAUUAAAUUACAUCACUGUA